ACAGGUGGGCUGGAGGUGUGGCGUGGAUGUGGAGCCGCGGGGUGGAAAGGUGGCUUAGGAAGAGGAAGAACCCAGGAGAUACUGCCGAGAUCAGAACUGACUGGCUCUCCUGGCUAGACAUGGAGAAUUUGGAGGAAGAUGUAAAGUUUAUUGUGGAUGAGACCUUGGACUUUGGAGGGCUGUCACCAUCGGACAGUCGCGAGGAGGAAGACAUAGCAGCAUUGGCGACUCCAGAGAAACCACUCCGACGGGGCCUUUCCCACCGAAGUGACCUGAAUGCAGUGGCCUCUGCACCCCAGGGUGUGAGGCUCAGCUUGGGCCCCCUCAGCCCAGAAAAGCUGGAGGAGAUCCUCCAUGAGGCCAACAGGCUGGCGGCCCAGCUGGAGCAGUGUGCCCUGCAGGAGCGUGAGAGCACGGGCGAGAGCCUGGGGUCCCGCCGAGUGAAGCCCAGCCCCCGGCGAGAGACCUUCGUGCUGAAGGACAGUCCUGUGCGAGACCUGCUGCCCACGGUGAGCUCUCUGGCUUGGAGCACACCCUCCCCCGGCAGCCUGACACCUCGACACCGGAGCUCCGAUAAGAAGGGCUCCGCCAAGGCUCUUCGGGCAGCGUCUGGAAAGAGGCCCUCUGGCCUCAAGAGGGAAUCACCCACUUGCAAUCUGCUCCCUGUCAAAAGCCCAGCAUCUUCUCCUCUUGCUCGAUCAACUCCUCCAAUCCGGGGGAAGGCUGGGCCCGGUGGGAGAGCAACAGCAGGCCCACCUGCCCCUGUCAGAACGGUCCUGGCCCCACAGCCUGCUACCAGCAACUCUCAGCGCCCGUCCCGGCCACAGGGAGCAGCUGCUAAAUCUUCCAGUCGCCUGCCGAUUCCCUCGGCCAUUCCCAGACCUGCCAGCCGCGUGCCACUCGCCAGCCGGAGUGGGCCACCUGGCAAAGGUGCCCUGCCUCCUGAUUCUGCGACGACACGGAAAGGGCUUCCAGACCAAGCGUUGCAGGCCACAGAGGUGAGGGGAGGUGGACAUGAGGUUCCAGUUUCCCAGCGACCAAAUCUUCCUGUCACUGGUGCCACUCGGAACAGUGUGCAGCCCCCCAGGAAAGUUGCAGUCCCAGGACCUACAAGGUAA